AUGCCAGAACGCCUAGCAGAAAUGCUCUUGGAUCUCUGGACUCCAUUAAUAAUCUUGUGGAUUACUGUUCUCCCAUAUAUUUAUAUGGCUCCAAUGACCCCAUCUCAGGUUUUACCAAGUGGAUCCAGUUUGGGACUAAAUGUGGUGAGUGAAGAACAGCGAGUUUUGAACCGCUCCAAGAGAGGCUGGGUUUGGAAUCAAAUGUUUGUCCUGGAAGAAUUUUCUGGACCUGAACCAAUACUAGUUGGCCGGUAUCUUUUUAAUAAUCCUAGAUCACUUCAGGUGGGGUGCUAUGUGCCUGUAAUCCCCAUCACCAGGCAUUCUGGUGCUGGUGGAUCUCUUCAGCUUGGGACUUCCGGAUCAGCACAUGAUGAGCAUGAUGCUGUUUUCCUCCCUUGGGAACCUGUUCUUUGGAUGAAGGUCUAUGCCAGUUUUGCCCUCUGCAUGUUCGUGGCAGCCACAGGGGCCUAUGUCCAUGUGGUCAUCCAUUUCAUCCAGGCUGGCUUGCUUUCAGCCUUGGGUUCUUUGGGAUUGAUGAUAUGGCUGAUGGUAACACUACACAGUCAUGAAACUGGGCAGAAGAGACUGGGACUUCUGACUGGAUUUACUUUCCUUACAGGAGUUGGUUUGGGCCCUGCCCUGGACUUAUGCAUUGCCAUCAACCCCAGCUUUAUUCCCACCUCCUUCCUUGGCAGAGCAAUGAUUUUCAGCUGCUUCACCUUGAGUGCACUCUAUGCUAGGCAUCGCAGCUACCUAUUCCUAGGAGGUAUCUUGAUGUCAGCCAUGAGCCUGAUGCUGUUUUCCUUCCUUGGGAACCUGUUCUUUGGAUCUUUUUGGCUUUUCCAGGCAAAUCUGUAUGUGAGAUUGGUGGUCAUGUGUGGCUUUGUCCUUUUUGAUACUCAACUCAUAAUUGAAAAGGCUGAGAAUGGAGAUAAGGAUUACAUCUGGCACUGUGUUGACCUUUUCCUGGAUUUUGUCACCCUCUUCCGGAAACUCUUGAUGAUUCUAACAAUGAAUGAAAAGGACAAGAAGAAAGAGAAGAAGUAAGACAACUGUUCAGCCUUUCCCUC